AUGGAAAUCGAGAUCUCGAGCUCAACUCAUGAUACCGUUGAUUUGGAUAGUAUUCGUGUCAAGCGGAAGACGUUGCAGAAUCUGCUCGACGAUUGCCAUAGAGCUCCCGAGCUGCUUAAUCUCGCCGAUACUGCUCCCAGUGGAGAUAGAACCGAAACAGGUGGUUCCGGAAAGGAUUACAGAAACCCCGUUGGCUCAUCGGAGUCUCCUUCUUCCGAUUCAGGAGAUCCUGAAGCCGAUGAGGAUUUUAGCAGUCGUCGCUCUGCUUUAUUUUCUUCUGAUUUCUGCAAGUCCGAUCGAGACAUACGUUUACUAAUUACCGAGUUUGCUUGUUUCCUGGUUACAGGGGACAUGUUUCAAACAGAGCUUGAACUCGCCUAA